AUGGAAAAACUUUAUAAUUUGACUUUUCUUGAUGUUAGUUAUAAUAAUAUUGGGGAUGCUGGAGCACAAAUUGUUGGCCAAUUGAAAAACUUGACAUGCUUACAUGCUGAUUGUAAUGAUUUUGGUCCUUCUGGAGCGAAAGUAUUGAGUAAGCUUGCCAAAUUGAAAAUUCUCAGCAUUAAUCACAAUCCUAUUGGUGAUAUUGGAAUUGAAUUUAUAAGUAGAAUGAAAAAACUGCACUCUCUUUUUGUCAAUUAUUGCACUGUUGGUGAUCAGGGAGUUACUUCAAUACUAGACAUGACAUGGCUAAAGCUUUUGGCCAUUUCAAAUAACCCUUCAAUAAGUGUGGAAUUGAGAAAGCUUCUAGAUAAUAACAAUUAUGAAUUUCUUGCCAUUGAAAAAUUUAGGUGA